CGAAGGAGAUGCAUUCAGUCGCUGGUUCCCCACUCGCAAGCAACCACAUUCACUACUCCACUCUACUCUACUCAACUUUCCCCCCAAACAACACUCUCACACACAACUCGUCGCUAUGAACUCCUUCUCAGUGUUCUUAGUGUUCGCUCUGGCCGCUUUGGCUGCGGCUGAGCCGCCAUCUGGCUACAACUAUCCCCGCGGAGGAGGCGGUGGCGGCGGAUUCGGAGGCGGCUUCGGCGGCGGAUUUGGUGGCGGCUCUUCCUUCGGCGGCGGCGGCGGUGGUGGCGGUGGCUACCAGGCCGUCAGCGGAGGAUUCCAGACCUCAGAGGGCCAGAACGUGGAUCCCCAGCUGCUGGAGCAGGUGCGUCAGAUCCUUUUGAACGAAGAGAGCAAACAGGGAGGCGGCGGUGGAGGUGGCGGCGGCGGCGGUGGUGGCUACCCCAGUGGUCCCUCUACUAGCUACGGACCCCCCUCCACCAGCUACGGAGCCCCCGGAAUCGGAGGUGGUGGCCGUGUAGUCGGCAUUGAUCUGGAGGGUGUCCGCCAGGCCAUCCAGGUGGCCCAGUUCGCCCAGCAGAGCACCCAGGCUGGUGGUGGCGGCGGUGGAUACCCCAGCGCCCCCUCUGGAUCCUACGGAGCCCCGUCCAGGCCCAGCGGCAGCUACGGAGCGCCCUUCUAGAUCCACAAAACAGGUCUCACAUCCGCUAGAAUCAAACACACUUUGCUGCCAAAAAUGAACACCGACGAAGAAAGAACAUAAAAAUGGACGCAACCGACAGAAAACAAAGGACGACAACACUAACCUAUCCCGAGAGUAAUUUGGGUAUCCUGGACCUAGAAACGAGAGAUCCGGAGUGUACUUAUGUGAUGUGAUCGUUUCUCCUCUCAACAUCCCAUCCAAAAACUCAGCGACUGUAAACCCAAAAUCACUCCAACCUCCAACCUCCCCCAGGAAAACAAUACUCUGUCUCGAAUUUCGGCUCGUACCCUCAAUGCAAAUUCGAAUCGAAUUCGGGUAAUUCGUUUUUGGAUUCUUUUUGUAAUCUUUGUAAAUAGUUUUCUCCGCACUACACACAAAUAACA